AUGAGUAUUAACUAUAAAAUAUUUAAAUUUAGAAAUAAAUUGCCAUCUGAAGUAGUAUCUACACAUAUUAAAACUUUAAAAGAAUACAAUGAACUUAGAGAUAUCGGAUUGAAAUUAGUUCAAAUCAUCGCCGAUGAAAAGAGUUGCAAAAUGAAGGAAAUAUUCAAUGAGAUGGGAUAUUCAAUGUUUGAUGAUUAA